GUUUGAGGCAAAGCUGAUUGGGCUCCCAGCCUACCAGAGACCAGAACGACAUGCCAUCGGGGGACAACAGGGGAAGGAUUGCAUAGCUACCUUAACGCAUUCAUUGAGCUGCUGUUUUGAUAGGAUGGGAGACUGACGAGGACGGAAAAUAUUGUUUCCCUGCGAUCGCCCAAGCAUGGUUUUAAGAUGUGGCUCAAACCUUCGGUAUUAUUGAGACGCGACAGCCGCCCUUAAGCCACAGUUCCAUAAGAGUUCUCGUCGCUGCUGUCCUGAAGAGUGAUUUUCUAAAUAUGGGACGAUAUGUGCCAAUGCGAGCGUGAUUGCUCCUUCUCGCUUCAAGAGUGGUUCGCUAGGCCUGAUUUAAAGGCACACCUACCUAUACAUCGCUAGCUUUCCCCUCACCACCUACCGCCCAGGCCAUCGGUGUUUUGGAUUUCCUUCCUGUGAACUCUCUGCUCAGCAAUCCUCGAAACUUGCUCGACGGUAGCUCUGAUACACUUUCUCGGCUGACGGUGCUUCCCACGAUCGAUCGAGACCGCUGAAUAGUCCAUGUCACCACUUUGAAGACUGCGCCCCACAAGGCAAACGUCGAGAACAUUGUCAACAUCGAAACGAUGGGGCUCAGCAACAUACCGCGACGAUGAGGAUUCUGGCGAACCGAGUUAGCCGCGUCUGAAAAGCCACGAGCCACGAUCUUGUUUGCGCGGAUGAAGCGCUGGGCGCUGUGCGUCGACCUGUACCAUCAUACAACCGUAAGCUGCAGGCGCGACGAGCUGAGGCUGGAACGGCCAGUCUCCAGAAUGGAAAAGAGCUCGAGAAGAACAGUCGAAACAGUCGCAAGGUCGGUACAGAAGAACAUACCAUCGAAUUGUUUUGUUUCUCGGGACUCAGAAGAUAUCAGAAGGCAGAUAGGUUGGCUUAAUUUGCACGUAGUUGGGUCGCCAGUCCGGAACCCAUGAUGCCUUUGACAAGACAAGGCUCUCAGGCCGAUGGCGGACCUUGGAGAUGUUCCGUCACGGGUGUUGGAACAACUUCCUGUUGAAGGCGAUGGCCCGCUAUCGUGGCCAUGCUUUUGGCCCCCUAUUCCAUACCUGAUCGCCACGUAUGUUCAUGUCUGCAUAUUGCACACUCACCUACUUAUGCUCGGCACAAUUCUGUUAUUCCGGUGCUUUGGGGGUGUGGACCGUAACGCCAACCAAUGGGCUUGUCUGUAAGUAUGGCGCGUGGUGUUCUGGACAUUGGUUUCGAGAAGCGGAGAGGUCUCGUCGCUCCCCGAUGUGCCCGAGCCUGCUGCCCAUUAUCCGCCUUUCCUUCCGCCAUGCUACUUCUAUACUGUUUCCGGGCGUCUUGUUACUCUGCGUUGACGACAAGACGAUGCAUUCUGGCCCCAAACGAGGCGCAGCACAGAUGACCCAAUUGUCCAACAGUCACCGCUAGUUUAUUCUCGCCAUUAUUCUUCGAUCAGCGCUAUCCAGUUGUGCCCUGCAUACUGCAGAGGAUAUUCAUCAGUUCACUGGUCAUCAGCGUUGGCGCACCCUCUCGACAUUGGCAAGGCUGCCAGACGUCUCGAUGCACCAUCGCUCUUUUCUGCACGACCAAUGCCUGACGCUAGGCAUCCGGAGCGGAGGAGACACGGAGACAGUGAAGAGGAAAGAGGCUCUUGUGUGCUUGCCAGCUUCCAAAAUGCUUAAGAGAGGGGACUAGGACGUCUGAGGACUUCAGUUGUUUGUUUCCACAACGGCCUACCCUGAAACCACCGCAGCCCCUUUUUACCAAGAUGUCACUUCCUUCAGAUGCCAGCACAACAGAGGUUGGGCAACGUUCAGACUCUCCUAGAUCCUCGGAGCGUCCUGUUGAUGGAGACUCCGUAGAGCAACUAUGCGAUUCCCCUAUCGCGCCCGAAUCCUCAGCGUCUGUUAGUGGUGAGACAUGCUCGAAAGUGGACAGUAGCGCAGAGGACCCCUACUAUAACUGCCGGUUUCGUAAUGGCAGAAACGAAAAGUCCAUCCAUCACGGCGGUGUCGCAGAGCUGGCGGGUAUGUUCGAUCAAUGGGCCAACUGGAAGUUUCACAGAGCUUUCGGCUGGGAGAAUUGGCACCUACUGGUUGACAGCCAGUAUAGGAUCAGCUAUCUCUCAGAGGAGCUCCGUGAAUACUACAAAGAGCAUCCCGAGGAAGCAAGGGGCCCGACUGCGAACCACAAACGACCGGCUGGACAACCCCUGAUGGAGGACAAGCUCGAGACCAUCAAGGCAGACUUAAGGAAGGAAUUAGACGACUACUGUAAGAAAAUACAAGAUACCCGGAAAACCACGACUGCCCUGGUUACCUAUGCGGUAGCUAACCAUUGCAAACCAGUCAAGCGUUGUGCCUACGUCAAGGCAAACGAACAGCAGUAUGCUACGCACCCUGAACAGUGGAGGAUAACAAACGAAUGGAUGACCUACAACAAGAACCUCGACCCUGAGGCUGGCAUCAUCCUUCGAACACCCGAGGACUUGAUCAGCCUAGCCGACCCGCCCCCUUACUGGGUCAUCCAGACGUCAGCCGACAUCAGCAGACGAUAUAACCAAUGGUUCAAGCCCGCUUCACAGUCCAAGGACAACUACAUCCCCAAUCCCUUCUUGACAUUCAUCUUCAGGACCAUCCACGUCAUCGCCGCUGCUCUACUGCUCCUUGUCCCAGCUGGAAUACUAUACCUCGCUGAGUUGGACAAGGGGCAGGUCUUCGCCAUCAUUGGCGUGUCCACCAUCGUCUUUUGCGCCACGGUAAGUGCAAAGACUCGACUGGAUACGACAACGACUGCGUUGGCAGGGUGUGCCUACCUGGCCUUUUGCGGUGCCUUUGCUGUUGCGACGGGAAAUAUAUCACUAUGAGAAUUGCCAACAAGUGUGGAAAUGGCAGAGAAAAAAAGACGCGAAGAAACUCUUCUCCAUGGAUGAUGGUGAUGACGAGGUGGAAGACAAAACAAGAAUUGAUGAUGAGGAAGACAACGACAGAACUUUACUUACCUUUACCUUCUUUGAUGCUUUAUUUCCUUGAGUUGAGGCAUACCUACCUACCCAAGUACAUUGUAUAGGUGGAUGGUAGCUCCGUCACGAAAGCGGGUCUACGUCGUUCGUUCUAUAGGUAGUCGACACAUUCCAUAGUUCCAACAAGAUAGAUUAGAAGAAACAAGGAUGGGCCAAUAAGAAAACAAAGAAACUUACAGUUGUAGGACUACUAUCCUUGCCGUCUCUGGCCGGUCAACCUUGACCCAAACUACCUACUUACCGUUAGGCAGACCACUAGGUGCUGUUACACGGACUCUCGAGAGCCUUAUGAGGAUAUGGAACUUGGCUGACUGUUUGUCCAGGUACAAAAGAACGCUCAUACCCAUAUAAUGUGAUACAUCACACCAGUCAGCCUUGCGGAUGAAGUGUUGUUUUGGAAGCGCGAAAUGGAAGAGAAAAGGGGGGCGUUGUUUAUAUUGGUUGCUUGCGCAUGAGGCGUGGUGUGCCUGUUGCCUGGGGAGAUGCGUGUGAACGUUGAGAUAAGGUUUUUUUUUUGGGCGGCCGCCGCUA